AUAAACGAAAACGACUUCUUAUUCAAAUAAGUCUUUUUGUUUCACUUCAAUCCGUUAAUAUCGCUUCAAUACUAUUAUCCGCACAAUCAAUGGAUACGCUAUUUAUAUCGCUGUUUGGAAAGACGUGUGGACUAGGUAUAUAUCCUCAAAGUGGUUUCUACUGUGUAACUCAACAAGGUGAUUAUAAUAGUCCUUUCGGGACGAAUUAUAUGGUCGCGACUUUAGGAUUCCUGAUGACUCUCAUCAUGGUCGUACCUCUUGGUAUUUUCUCAUUAGCAGACAAUAUCAAAGUUCAAAUAGCUUCAUUCGUCGGAUUGAUAGCCAUACUUGCUGCCUGGUUUAUUACCUUUUUCAAACAUGGGUUAACACCAUCGUACGUUCCAGAUUUUGGAGAUGACAUGAGUCAAGUAAUUGGAACUGUUCUAUUCAAUUAUGCCUUUAUUGUAACAGUCCCAAGUUGGGUUAACGACUUGGAUCCUAAAGUUCCUAUACAAAAAUCUGUUUUUUAUUCAAUCUUAAUUGCGACUUUAAAUUAUGUUUUACUUGGAAUCAUUGGUGGAAUGGCCUUUCCAAUAGAUAAAAAUUCUGAUAUAAUAGUUGUAAUUAAUCAGUCUGAUGAAAGAAAUUGGUUGACUGUUUCUAGACACUGUAAAAAAGGCUUAGCAAUUUUUCUCUCUUCAGUAUUACCAUGGAUAGUUGUGAUGCCUUUUCAAACCGGCCGUUGGCUUAACGUUUUUGUAAAUUGGACAAAUUUAUUUUUCUCAAGCAUUAGUAACUUUGUCGUUCCAUUUUAUCUAUAUUAUUUAAGCCAAAAACCAAACAUUGCUGUACAAGCAGACAUAAAAUUGAAGAGAUUUGAAUCCGAUAUUAAACGACAAGUUUCGAUCAGGAGUACCAAGAGUGACAAAAGUUUUAGAAAUGUAAAAGACUGGAUAAACUCUCAAGUAAUAACUAGAGAGAGAUUACGUGAUGGAACAGAUGCUGCCGUCGGUAUCUUAUACAAUGAUGAUGAUGAUUAUAACGUUUCUGCACCAGGUACCCCAAAUAGUUUAAAUCCAAAUGCCGAACACCUUCACGUACCAGGACGUAGAAUAGUAUCUGCUCCGCCCACAACUUCAAAAUCAGAUCCACAAGGAAGAGAUAAUCAUUCUCGACCCGCAUUAAGUCUUCAGAUGCCUCCUUCAAUUGUACAUCGUUCUAAUUUAAGUCGUCGUGCUUCUCCUCCAAGUAUUCCAAGUAUUGAAUAUAAUAUACAAAAUACAAAUAUACCUACAAAUAUACCUACAAUUAUGGUGCAAGAAGAAGAUGGUAAUAAUCAAGAUAUUAUUGUCGAAUUAGACGGUUCACAAACACAUUCUCAUUCAGGUUCUGAUAAAAGUCAAAGUGAAAAAAGUGAUUCAAUAAUAUUUGAUACACCACCGGAACGGUUUAAAGCUCUUCCAUUACCAGAUAAUGUGAGAUUAUGGAUUGCUUAUAUUUGCAAUGCUGGUGCACUUUUAACUGUAAUUUCCGUCAUCAUGUAUGAUUUUGUUGAACUAGCUCUUGGUCGUAAUGUUUUUGAUUAA